AUGUUUGACAUAACAAAUGCAAACGUUGGUGAAACAAGAAGAGCUGUACCACAUGAAGUAAGAAGAGAAAUGUUUGACAUAACAAAUGCAAACGUUGGUGAAACACGAAAGAGAGAUGACACACUGAAACAACAGAGAAGAGAGAUGUUUAAAAGUGCUAUAGAACAAGUUCGCAAAGCUAAUAAUGUCAUUCGUUCCAUUGACGACAAACCAAAAGAAGGUGAGAGAUGGUUAAAGAAAGAUGAAGAAAAUAGGAAGAGGAAUGUGAAGUCAGGCAAUAGACUCAUUGACUUUAACAUCGAAGCUUUAGAUGAACCAAACAGAGACUACUUACACAAACAUUUCGGUAAGGUUUUCAUGAGACUCUUAGAGAAAAUUAAAAUAAACUCCCAACAGAGAUGGAUGGUAUGUUAUAAACUUGGUGGAAAGUAUGAAUGUUCUACGUUAAACCUCAAUAAUAUUGGAACAUUACUACAUCAGCUCUUGAAGGAGAACUUUAUAUCAGAGAUAG